GCAGAAAGGUGACAGACAGGCAAGUGCAACUGUUUCUCUCAUGAGUGACAUGUGCCAGAAGAUAAUUACAACCCUUCGAAUGUCAUGCUGAUUCUAGUGGCCUAAAGUCACAAAUUGUCGAAUAGAGUAUUCAAUAGUAGUACAAUAAACAAUUUAUGUGCCCCCGAGCGACUGUAAUUUUACACUGCAGGACAAACUCCCACCCACCGAGUCGCACAGUCGACAGGAAAAUGGCGGACGUCGCCGAGCAUCUACGCUGCUUUGCGUGUUCUAACCGCUUUCGCGACCCCAAACUUCUUCCUUGCCUUCACACGUUCUGUGGCGAAUGUCUCGACGACGUUCUGGAGCCGGCAAACGGCGACGCGAGUCUGGUCAUCAAGUGUCCGACGUGCCAGUCGGAAACGAAGCUCCCGCGCAACGGAGUGCACGGCCUGCCGACGAAUCUCUUCAUCAGCAAUCUCAUCGAUGUCGUCGCGUUGCAGAGCAGUCAACACAUCGCGUGUAAUCUCUGCACGGAGGGCUCGGCAGCGUCCGCCCGCUGUUCCGACUGUCUCGCGUUUUUGUGCGAAUUCUGCCAGCAGGCUCAUCGGCGACAGCGCAAAACGGCAAGUCACCGAAUUCUCUCGCUGGAAGAAGCGAAGCUGAGCGCCAGACAGUCGUCGAAGAGGCUCUGUUCGCCUCCAACAUGUUCUCAUCAUCCGGGUGAGGCCCUCGGUCUCUUCUGUGAUUCGUGCGACCGCCUGAUAUGUCGGGACUGUACACUGAUCGACCAUCGGCGGCACCGCUACUCUUCCGUCUCCGACGCGUCGACGCGGCAUGUUGCAUCUCUGACGCAUCUGAUCAGCCAGGCGCGUUCACAGGUCGAAUUCAUCAGGGGAGCAUUGAAUGAGACACAGGAGGUGAGUCAGAGGCUGAGAGACAGAGCAGCAGCUGUAGCAGUGGAAAUAUGUGAUGCGAUCAAUGGUGUGGUGACUACACUGCAGGCACACAAGAGUUCACUGCUGGGCGAUCUCGAUCGGAUUCAGCAGGAGAAGUUGUCUAUACUCGAAUGUCAGAGAGAUCUCCUGCAGAAGUCUGUUAAUAAUGCUGAGGCUAGUUGUAGGUUUGCUGCUGAGAUGCUUCGGGAAGGAGAAGAGAUCGAGGUGCUGUCUAUCAAAGGGCCUCUUAUGAAUCGACUCGAAGAGUUGGUCAAGUCGACGUUACCGAUUGAGCCACAGUCUGAUGACUACAUUCAGUUUUUGCCGACUGACUUGAUUGCUGUGCUCGAGUGUGGACAGGCGCUCGGUGUAGUUGAAGGUACCGGUACGGAUCCGGCUAAAUGCGGACUAGACAAGGAUGGCACUCUAAUCCAAGUUCGGCUCCAGAAAUCGUGCACCGUUUCUGUAGUGGCGAGGGACCAUUAUGGUGCCCAGAGAACAAAAGGAGGCGAUCAUGUCGAUGCUGUGUUACAGAGUCGGAGCGGAACUUCAGUGCAAUGCACGAUAGUCGACAAUGAAGACGGUACAUAUAGCAUUUCAUUUGUUGCAGACGAACCAGGAGAAUAUCGUUUGGUCAUCACGAUCAAUAGUCGUCCAAUUGUCGGCAAUCCGUUCUUUGUCAAGGUAUUGGCGAAGAGGAAACGACAUAGUGGAACGUGGCAUUGCUGCACGUUCUGCUCUACCAACGGGAGAAAGGAUGUCAAGUGCGGUUGUGGUGCGGUGAUGCCGGGAGGAUAUAACGGUUGCGGACACGGGCACCCUCGUCAUCCCGGUCAUAAACACUGGUCUUGUUGUGGAAGUCUGACGUACAAGUCUGAAUGUAUGUUGGAGUGGAAAGAUUGUGAUUACCGACGAGACUCGUGUGGUCUGCUGACUGGUCAACAUCAGGAGAACGCGUCGUCGCCUGUCAGUGCCGGCUGUCUAGUUGCUUCCUGUCUGAAUAAAUUUUCUGGUGGCCAGAAGUAUGCUUCACCGAUGGACUCUAUUCUAUUGGAUUUUCGCAGAAGCAGUAGUCAGCUACGUCAAUUAGAUACUCACAAAGUUCAGACUGUUGAUUGGGAAGUUGUGAUCUCUGUGUUUGGGAUGGUUAUUAAUCCAAUCAGAUACAGAGUUCUAGGACCGCAGAAAUUCAAAGUAGUACAUGGCACUUUGCCGAGGCACUGUAGCUUGCCAGAUGAUACGUGCAGUACAAAUAGCACUAACGAAGAACAUGUGUGUGAGCGUGGAAAACUAACUGAUGGCAAGUUUGGCUAUUCAAAUAUUACGUGUAAUGGCAGUGAAGUGACUGGAUGGGUUGGUUGGAAAUUUUCAAGCAACACGUCUAAAUUAGACAGGAACUUAACCAUUUCUUUUGAAUUUGAGAAGGACUACGUAUUUCGAUCGUUUGCUUUUAAUUCGCUUGGCCAACAGUUUGUUGCAGGAUCUGUGUAUGUAUAUACUAGAGUAGACAUUUAUUUGAAGGAACGUCACAAGGCAAGUGACUGGAAACUUGUGGCUACAAAGAGACACGGAAACCCUUUAUUGAAAAUUCACAACGAGUCUGUCAAUGUUACCACAUCAUGUGUAAAUUCAAGUCGAUUUGCCAAGGUUGUUUUUCAUGUUGAGAAAGGGAAGAGAAUUGUUCUUGGUGAAGUUCAGUUUGAAGGCGAAGAAGAUGCUAUUAUCACGUCGUUUUGUAAGGAGCAAAAGGAAAAUGAGUUGAUCCUGAACUGUACAGCUGAGCACGCGAGCAAUGUGGUUAUUCAGGAAUGGACUAACAAAGCAGAUCUCAAGUGUGAAAAUGAGGAAUUACACAAUGGGUGUAUUGCAACAGUUUCAUCAACGAAUUUUAGUGGUAAAUUUGAAUGCAUUGCUUCGUCUUUAAAUAAGUGUCAAAAUAAGUCGUUGAGAUUGAGAGAUUGGUGUAACAAAACUGUGCUGAUGCCACCCAUGAUAUCUUGUUGCAAUAGCUCUUUGCUACAGCCUUCAAGGACAUUGGCCAGUUCUGGAGGCUUUUCAACUUCGAUGUAUCUUAGUUCUAAAUCUGCUUAUCAAACUUCAUCUCUAUCUUCUGGUGACACCUCUACAUCUGUUUUGCCAACUUUGAUCGUUUUCCCAUCACUGGGCGUCAUGACGUCUAUUAAUGGGGCGUCACGAUCAUCUGUAAGGUCUAAUUUGAAGGGGACCGUUAUGUGUUCAUCGGUUAACUGUCCAACCUUCUCUUCGGUGACUUCAAUGGCAUCAUCUUCUGCUGCAAAUAAAAGGUUUGCAACAACAGCAUUUGCAACCAUCACAUCUGCAACUACAACAAUUGCAGCUACAACGACUGCAACUGCAAUGGCUGCAACUACAAUGGCUGCAAGUACAUAUACAACUAUAACAUCUGCAUCUACGAUAUAUGCUAGUGUGACAGCUACAACUUCAUUAACUCAAACCUCAACAGAAUCAACACUUCUAACAACUUCAAUAGUCCCAAGCAUUGCCAGUCCGCUGUUUGCUAACAGUACCUCUACCUCAACAGAAUCAACACUUCUAACAACUUCAAUAGUCCCAAGCAUUGCCAGUCCGCUGUUUGCUAACAGUACCUCUACCUCAACAGAAUCAACACUUCUAACAACUUCAAUAGUCCCAAGCAUUGCCAGUCCGCUGUUUGCUAACAGUACCUCUACCUCAACAGAAUCAACACUUCUAACAACUUCAAUAGUCCCAAGCAUUGCCAGUCCGCUGUUUGCUAACAGUACCUCUACCUCAACAGAAUCAACACUUCUAACAACUUCAAUAGUCCCAAGCAUUGCCAGUCCGCUGUGUCCUGACAGUACCUCUGCAAAGGGUCGUUGUGAAGAGCAUAAAAAGAGCCUGUUACCUUUGGUAGCAUUACCCUGUGGUGUUAUCAUUUUCAUUGUUGUUGCUGCCGUUGUCUGGUUCUUGAGAAGGCAGAAUGUACAGGCAACAUACAAUGUUCGAGAACUUAGGGAUCAGAAGAAAGAUGCUGAAACUGAUUGUCCUAAUGAUGUUCCAUUACCUGGUUCUCAUUAUGAUCGACGUGUAUCAAAAUCAUCUUCAUCUUUUAGUGGAAACAUUUUAUCAAGUUGUUCUUGGAGAAGACCUUCAGAUGAAUCUCCACUAGAACAUUCAACUGAGCAAACAGUGAAUGAGCAACUAUCGAAUAUGCCAGUUUAUGCAGAUCUAUAUGAACCAGCGGCACAACCUAAUACUAUAAGCAUGAGUAGUGAAGAACUACUGGAGAAUGAUGCUGUCAGAUCUCCUGUCUGGUCGACAUCAACCUUAUCAACCAAAAGAGUCGGAUAUGUUUGUGAUUCCGUUGUGUUUUUUCCUUCUAAGUCUGAAGUAUGGAAAGAUUCAGCUAAAGAGUCGGUGUCGAAUGGUCGAAUUCAGCAUGACAGUGGUUUGGGAUAUGAUGACAUAGGCUGUAGUCCAGAACCAGUGUAUGAGUCAAUAGACUUGGAAGAUCAGGUGAAUGGUGUUACGUUGAGGCAUCGUAAAGUAGCGAAUCUGGCAAUAUAUGCAUCACUAGAUGAGAUCAAUCGGCACUCAAUGAAUAUUGAAAGGAACAGCUUUGUUGUGUAUGACGAAGUAGAGCUGAAUCCUCACUUUAUACUUCAAUUGGGUUCAAUGGUCGAUAAUGAGUGUGAGUCACAUAUGUCCAUGAUGUCAUCAAAUUACCUUUUACCAUUUCAGUCUGUGUACGCCGAUCCUGCUCCUUUACUUGAGGAGAAUGGCCCUCUUGAAAUGCCUUUAUCGAAGUUUGUUCAAAUGCGGCUUAUUGGCAAUGGUCAGUUUGGAGAUGUUUACGAAGCACUCGCCAAGAGUGUGCUUACUGAGGACAUUGUUGAUGGUCAACCCAAUGGGCUUUCUGUGCAGGACAUGCACGUUGCUUUGAAAUAUUUAAAAGAAGGAGCCAGCAAGGAUAUGGAGGAUGCAUUUAUUAGAGAAGUGAAAUUUAUGGCUCCAUUGAAACAUCGAAAUGUCAUUCAGCUAAUUGGUGUAUGUAGCAUGAUGCAGCCUAGGUUUAUGGUCAUCGAAUACAUGGAGAAUGGCGACUUACAGCAGUAUUUGCAAGGUUAUCAGACUGAUGACAAGUUGGUUGGUGAAGGCAAACAAAAGAUCGAGUAUAAAACUCUUUUGGGUAUGGGAGCAGAUGUAGCAUGCGGCAUGGCAUACUUGGCGUCAAAGUUCUUUAUACAUCGUGACUUGGCUGCACGAAAUUGCCUUGUUGGUCAAAACCAUCUGGUGAAGAUCUCAGAUUUUGGAAUGACACGAUCUGUCUAUGAGAAGAAUUACUACCGUUUAGCUGGCCGAGCUAUUCUACCCAUUCGUUGGAUGGCACCCGAAACAUUCUACGGGAAGUUCACAGUGGCAAGUGACAUCUGGGCAUUUGGCGUCACUUGCUGGGAGAUACUGACUCUAGCUCAAAGUCGACCGUACCAAGAAAUGGACGACAGAGAUGUAAUAGAGAACGCAGUUCUUGGGAAGGUGAGGAAACUGCUCGACCGUCCCCAGUGUUGCGACGACACAGUAUUCGAGAUCAUGAUCGAGUGCUGGAAAGACGUACCCGAUGAGAGGCCCCUUUUCGGUGACAUACAUAGACGAUUGAAAGCUCUGAUUGAUCAGUAAGCAACAGAUAUUGUUUUAUAAAUGGAAACCCAAUUAUACACUGAAUAGUUUACAUCUGAACAUACGCUCUGUAGUAAAGUUUAGACAUCUCAGGGCCGACAGCCUGUAAUGACCCAUGAUUUUAGCAUUUUAUAAUUAAGGUUAUUUCUCAGUGCGUUACCGGACUUUAUCUGAAGGAAAUAUUAAGUAGAUUUUGUCUUAAGUUAUUGAGUGUUUACUAACACGAUGGCGGUACAGAGGCUGUGUAUUAUUUG